UUGGUAACAGAUCGCCAAAUAGAUUCUGUCCCAACACCCUACUCUGAAAUAGUCUCAGUCAUGAUGUCACCGAUACCUCACCAAUGAUCUCUGUCCCAUAGUAACCGAGAAUGUAGAAGGUUAGAAGAAGGUGAUGAUGAAGAAGGAGAAGAAGAAGAAGGAGAAGGAGAAGAAGAAGAAGAAGAAGAAGAAGAAGAAGAAGAAGAAGAAGAAGACUGAGAGGGGCAGAGGAGAGGCGGAGAUGGAGGUAUGGGGCGGAGGAAGAUCCUCCUGCCCGGAGCCAGUGCUCAGGCACCAACCUGCAGGUGCCAGGUGCCGCCUUGGAGCUGCUGGGGACCUGCCUUCGACGCUGGAGCUAUGGCGCUCGCAGAAACCGGGGGAAACGGCGGAGGCAUAUCAGGACCGCAUGCUGGCUUUGAUCAUAGAAGCCAAGCAGCGGGCGGAUGCAGUAGCAGCCGCAGAGAAGAAGAAGGCGGAGGAUCCCGAGCAGGCACGACUGCUAGCUCUUGAACAGCAGCGUCUGCAGGCCGAGGCAGCAGCGAAGGCUGCAGAUGAAGAACGAUUGAAGCGGCGUGAGAAGAUUUUCAGCGGGGAGCAAGCAUUACUCACAUUGGCAGCGGAAUGGCGAACUGAGGCGGAGACAGGGAAGAUGGAGGAGAGCGAGACCAAGAUUGCCCUCCUCCUCUCCCAUCUCACGGACCUCCUGGCAACAUGCAUCGCGCAGCAGGAGGACAUUCACAGCCUCGAUGCCGAAGUCAAGAGUGUUCGCACCCGCGUACAGCAGCUGGAGCAACGACCAGCCGCCGCCCCUGUGGCAAGCUCCUCCAACACAUCAGACCGCCUGGACGCAUUGGAGACUGACCUGCACCUCGUCAGCGAGUGCAAGCACCACGCAUACUUAUACUCCCGGUCGGGAGGCGCAUGCCAGGCAUGGCUGGACAAUCUCUUGUCCCUGUACGGGGUGGUCGCUGCCGAGUUACACACGAAGAUCAGCUGGGAAGACCUCAAGGCGGCGUGGCACAAGCGGUUCCAAGUGGAGCCGCCGGAGAUCAAGGCCAUGGACAAGCUCAUGACCUUCGAGCAAGGCUCGCUGCCAAGCGUCGACUGGAUUGCCGAGUACCAACGCUUGACAUCCGUUCCAGGUCUCUCGAUGGGCUUCAAAGCUAUCAAGCACUACUUCAUUUCGAGGUCGUGCCCGACGUUGAGCAAUGCCUUGACGCAUGUCGAGGACAAACUGACAACGACGGCGCAACUGUUCGAUAAGGCCGCACAGAUUAUCAUCACGAACAAGGAGGCGAAGAACCUCACUCGUGCUGCGGCAGGCCCGAGCAAGGACCAGCAUCAGCCCAAGGUGGCCGUGGUUGCGGCAGCAUCGCCAAGCAACCAAUCUAGCGAGGCGGAGUUUGCCAAUGAAGGAGACAGACUCGCAGCUGCCCGGGAUGACAGCGGGCUGCCCUACCAAGGGGAAGGGCAAGCAGGGAAACUGAGCGCCGCCGAGAGUGAGUCGACGGCACUCUCGACGCCUUCGGAACCGGUUUCUUCGCGAGUGACCGGCCUUCAUUCCGGGGCGCAUGCGGAAGUCGACAGUCCUCUUCUCUAUUCUUUUGAGGACUAUGCUGCCCGGCUCGUUCCGGCGCUGGGAUCUUUUGCUCAAGGACAAGACGUGUGUGCGGCAUCUUCUCCGUCCGGCAACGGUUCUUCUUCGUCUUCAAGUGAUUCUUCACGGGAUUCGGCGCGCGGGUUCAACAUAGAGGAAUUGGACCCGCUCAAGUCUGGGGAUUUCGCAUGGCUUCCUCUCCCGACCACGGGCCGCUUACCGGGACCGCAAUGCGCAGCACUCUGUGCCCAUCUUCACAAGUACUUGUCCUUUUAUGCACCACCAACUUCGCCGACGGAUGACGAGGUCGCGGUGGGGGACAUCUUGGCAUAUGUUACCAAGGUGGCCCGCGACUUUCGCACGCAGCGGUACGGCGACAAUAAUGCACCGCUGAUGUAUGUCCGCAUCCAAGUUGGGCAGGUGUCCUGUAGCGCUUUGCUGGAUAGCGGCGCGACUCGCAACUUCAUGAGCCAAGCUUUUAUGCAAAGGGCUGGCCUCGGCGCGCAGGUUCGGAGGAAGGCAAACCCGACGGCGAUCAAGUUGGCGGAUGGAAAGACGCAGCAACUUCUCGACCGUUACAUCGAGGCCGUACCGGUGUACUUCGCACCUCAUGCAUGCGAACCGGUCACGUUCGACAUCUUGGACACAGACUUCGAUAUCAUUCUGGGAAUGCCUUGGCUUGCAAGUGCAGAUCACACGGUCAACUUUCACCAGCGGACUCUCACCGUUCGCGACGCCUUCGGCGCCGAGGUGCCAUGUACUAUUCCUCUUCCGCACCCUUCGAUCCGGUGCCAAGUCGUGACGGCCAAAUCGUUCCGAACUACAUGUGCAUAUGAGCAACCUGAAGAGAUAGGCCUAUGUUUCUUGCGGACUAGCGCGGUAGCUGACUCUUCACCAUCGGACUUGUCUUCCGACCCUCGCGUGGUACGGCUGCUUGAUGAGUUCGCCGACAUCUUCGAGUCACCUACCGGUGUGGUGCCGGAUCGGUCGAUCUGUCACGAGAUCAUUCUUGAGGCCGGUGCCGUGCCGCCGAAAGGUUGCAUCUAUCGGAUGAGCGAGGAGGAACUGGAGGUCCUUCGCGCACAACUCGACGACUGGUUGGCCAAGGGCUGGAUCCGCCCUAGCAGCUCCCCAUAUGGAGCACCAGUUCUCUUCGUAAGGAAGAAGAACAAGGAUCUACGUCUGUGCAUCGACUACCGCAAGCUCAACGCGCAAACUGUGAAAAAUGCGGGGCCUCUUCCUCGUAUCGACGAUCUUCUUGAGCGACUGGGCGGUGCUAAGUUUUUUUCCAAGUUGGACUUGAAGUCGGGGUAUCAUCAGAUUUCGAUAAGCCCGAAUGAUUGCUACAAGACCGCAUUCAAGACGUGGUAUGGGCAUUUUGAGUGGGUGGUCAUGCCUUUUGGCCUCACCAAUGCCCCGGCAACCUUCCAGGCGGCCAUGACCCACGAGUUCCAUGCUAUGUUGGAUCAGUUCGUGUUGGUCUACCUAGACGACAUUCUCGUCUACAGCCGGACUCUGGAGGACCAUCUUGAGCAUCUUCGACGUGUGUUGGAGACGCUCCGCCGUGCCAAGUACCAAGCCAACCAUGACAAGUGCAAGUUUGUCCGGCAAGAGCUUGAGUACUUGGGCCAUUUUGUCACACUAGAGGGCAUCAGCCCGCUAUCGGAGAAAAUUCAAGCCAUCCAGGAGUGGCCGGAGCCGCGUAACGUCACGGAUGUCCGUUUGUUUCUUGGUCUUGCCGGCUACUAUCAGCGCUUCAUCAAGGGCUAUUCGAAGAUCGCGGCCCACUUGACCAAGCUUCAAUGCGAGGAUCGGUCGUUUGACUUCGACGAGGAUGCGCAGGAAUCUUUCUUGGCUCUCAAAGCUGCACUUUUGUCAGCGGAGGUCUUGCGAAUCUACGACCCGCUAUUGCCCACACGCAUCACUACUGAUGCGUCCGGCUAUGGUAUUGGCGCUGUCCUAGAGCAACACGAUGGCGUGGACUGGCACCCGGUCGAGUAUUUCAGCAAGAAGGAGAACCUCGCCAUCGCUAUGCAUGUCCAUGAUAUUUCCAAUCUGAUACUGAUACUGAUGAUCAUGUAUGGCUAGCCAAUCACUAACCUGCAAGGUAGGCCCCUUACGCAAGAUUCUGAUCCAGUCUUAGAGGACCCUCUCCAAGUGUUAUGGCAGAUUGAUGACAAUAACAAAGAUGGGAUUGAAUA